ACCUCACUAUACACUGCACGGCCCUACAAUAGAUGGUAAUGGUACGAUCCCGCCUAUGAUAUGUCCUCAUGGCUGAGCAGCCUGACAGGAACACUCACCGAUAUGUCGUAUAUACAACUGCCAGAGCGCAGCCUGUGGUGAAACUGAAAGGACAAGAACGCUGUCUGUGGAUUCUCAUGUAGGAAUGGAAUCUAUGAUUUAGUUGAGAAGUCUGUUCAGCUUUAAGGCUCUGAGGAAACUUCUGCCGUGGAGGAACGAGCCGCUCGUCUCUGUUUUUGGUCUAAAAGAAGUAGGUUUUAUUAGUAGAUACGUUUAAUCUGAAAUGUGUUUCUGUCGUUUACAGAGGAGAGCGAGCGUCCGUCUUAAUCGCAUGGAUUGUCCUGGAGUGGUGAGAUGCCUUUGAGUUGACGGCUUCCCUGUUUUCUUAACUGAAUAAAGACGGUUGAAGUUUGUACCUUGACUUCUUUAUACGUUCCUCAACAUUGAAAUUGCAACAUUAAGAAGGACAAGACGUAAGGUUAUGCAAAGCAAGGAAGUAGCAGGAGUCGCUAAGAUUUGCAGCUCAUCAAAGUUUCAAGUGCCUGGCUCCAAUCCUGGUACGUGGCAGGGACAUUAAAGCCAGACUGGACAUUUUUUUAGCUUCAUCCUGUGAUUUCCAUAAUUCCAUGACUUUUCCAUCUUGGUGCUGCAAUAACAAUGUUGAGGAGUGUAUUUUGUAAUAGGUUCAAGUCGAACUGUAUAUUGGUUUAAAUCUUGAGAUCCCAACUGAUAAGACUGGGGCAGUCUGAGCUCUAGAUCUAUGAAGUGAUCUACCAGAUUACAGCCUUAUACUGGUAUUACCGCUGUGACCUGUAACUGACUAUAGUGGUAAGCUGAAGGUGUGACAGGCUUUGACCUGAAAUAUAGAGCAACAUGAUGAGAUAAUAACGUGUAGGUGUUGAAUAUCUUCAGUAUUUGUAUUUUACAUGGGAUUUUGUAUGAUUUUUCAUCUUUUUUUCCAUGCAGGUUUCUACAACAUAGGAUCUGUUGAGUGGAUAUCUCCUAUAUAAUAUCGCUAUCCUGAUUGACCCAUCAAAGCAAGGACAAGAUGGCAGAGAGUAUAAUAAAUCUCACCCUAGAGAUCCUCCUCCGGCUUACUGGAGAGGAUUACACAGUAGUGAAGAAGACCUCUAGUGAGCGAUGUCAGGCCCCGGUAUCUGAAGGACGGGGAGGAAUCCUGAGCCCGAUAUCCAGGCCGACACCUCACAUCCCGAUACAUGAGAGAGUCAACAUUGAGAAGAUCCUAGAGCUCACCAACAAGAUUAUUGAGCUGCUGACUGGAGAGGAGUCUGAGUAUUUAGAAGGACACAAAGAUCUGUACAAGAACGUCACGAUGGAGGAUCAUUAUCUACCAGUUAAAGAAGAGAGAACAACGCCGGAGAGAUGUCCUAGUCAACUGCUUCCACAGGAUAAUAAUGUUCCGCAGUAUGAUCAGCUUUUGAUCAAUAUUAAGGCUGAAGAUACAUCUGUGAGGGGCGAUGAGCAGAUCAUAGAGGACAUUCCCACCGAUAACCACCCAGUUGACUGUACCAGGAGCUCAGAGGAACAUCUAAUAUCUUCAGAUUUUAAAGCAGAUGAUUGUGGUGUCACAGAAGAUACACAUGAAGAGCAUGCCAUUAUACAAGAUGUACCCUUGGACUUUAAAAGCAAAGAUCUAUCAUCUGAUCCUUUGGAUGGUUUCCGAUCUUCUGAUUCAUCACAGACUGUUAAGCAAAGUUUUGUACAUCAAAGAACUGACACAGGGGAGAUGUCUUUUUUAUGCUCAGAAUGUGGAAAGCAUCUUAACCACGAAUCACAUAUUGUUAUAUAUCAGAACAUUCGCACAGGGGAGAGGACAUAUCCAUGUUCAGAAUGUGGAAAGUGUUUUAAACGUAAAUCCCUUCUUGUUAAACAUCAUAAAAUUCACACAGGGGUGAAGCCAUAUUCAUGCUCAGAAUGUGAGAAAUGUUUUAUCCGUAAAUCACAUCUUGUUCUACAUGAGAGAAUUCACACAGGUGAGAAGCCAUAUUCAUGUUCAGAAUGUGGGAAAUGUUUUAGUGAUAAAUCACAUCUUGUCGUACAUCAGAGAAUUCACACAGGGGAGAAGCCAUAUACUUGUUUAGAAUGUGGGAAAUGUUUUAACCAGAAAUCAUCUCUGGCUACACAUCAGAGGAUUCACACAGGGGAGAAGCCGUAUUCAUGUUCAGAAUGUGGGAACUCAUUCACACAGAAAGUACUUCUUGUUACACAUCAGAGAAUUCACAAAGUGAAGAAGUCAUUUUAAUGUUCAGAAUGUGGUAAAUGUAUUAACCAUGAAGCAGAUCUUCUUACAUAUCACAGAGGAGUCACACGGGGCAAAGCCUCUUCCAUGUUCAGAACAUGAGAAAUGUAAUAAAAUUGAGGCAAGUGUUAUUACACAUCAGAGAAU